GUUUAGGGUUUAGAGUUUAGAGUUUAGGGUUUAGAGUUGAAGAUUUAGGGUUUAGGGUUUAGAGUUGAUGUUUUAGGGUUUAUGGUUAAUUUUUUAGGGUAGGAUUUAGGGUUUUUAGGGUUUAGUGUUGAUGUUAUAGGGUUUAGAGUGGAAGGUUUAGGGUUUAGGGUUUAGAGUUGAUGUUUCGGAGGUUAAGGUUAAGAGUUUAUGUUUCAGGGUUUAGGGUACGUAUUUUGAAAAAAAAAUAGGAUUUAGGAUUGAUGGUUUAGGGUUUUGAGCUGAGUUUUAGGGCUUAGGGCUUGAAUUUCGAAAUAGUAUAAUUCGAAAAAAAUUAAAAAAAUUAUUUUUCCUUUUAGAUUUUUUAUUUAUUUAAUUAUUUAUUUAUUAUAUAUACAAAAAACAAGGGCAUAAGAGUUUUUUGCCACUUAAUAAAGAAUUUAUUUUUGAAAAUAUCUCUUUAGAGGUGGUAAAGACGAAAAGUGGUAGCAUGAAAGUGGUAAACAUAAAAUUUUCCCUUUAUUUAUUAUACAUAUAAAAAACAAUGGCAUAAAAGUCUUUUGCCACUUAAUGAAGAAUGUAUUUUCUGAAAAUGUCUCCUUAGUAGUGGUAAAGAUGAAAAGUGGUAGCAUGAAAGUGGUAAACAUAAAAUUUCUCUCUGUUUCGUUACGGAGUUUUAAAAAAAUAUAUAUAUAAUUUGUUUGAUUAAAUUUGUGAUGUAUAUUUAUUUGAUAAGUUUUUAAUUAUAAAACUUAUUUGAUGUAAAAUUUUGAACAUUUUAUAUUAAACGAUUUUCUUGUAGCAGCAAAGUAGCUAUACUUAUUUUUAAUUUUUUAUAAAUUAUUUAAUUUUUUUUAAAUCAAAUCAUUUUAAAAAAGCAAAUACAAAGUUAUUAAAAAAUUAAGACCUAUACUGUUUGGAUACAAGAUUAGUUAUUGUGCUGUUUAGAAACACAUUUAGUAAUAUAAUGUUAUUUUCAUAAUUAUAAGAGUGAAUUUAACUAUAUAAUAGAAUGGUGUAUUUAAUUUAGAAACUUACAAAAAAGGUUGGAUCCAUGACAAUGAUUACAUUUUAAUAAUAUAAAUUUAUAUUACAGCCCAGUGAAUAUUAUUUCGAUUACAAGUCAGGUAAAAAAUUUCCAAUUCAAAUAUAAAAAUCACUAAUUUUAUCCACCCACUAUAUCCAGCAUAUAUCGGUGGUCCGUUUUAGAAUCAUUAAAAAAAUCUGGAUGUCAUUCUUAAUCUUCAAUGAUGGCUGUGAUUAAGUAAAUUUCUCUUCGUUCUUUUGGAUGCUGAAACUAUUUGUGUUUCGAAAUAUCUAGCUUUUUUUCACAGCAAAAAAUUCACACUCAUGUAGACUCUGUAAAUCAAGGUAAUAACUCUGCAUCUAUGUGUACGAUGAAAGACCGUUGUGUCCUAGCACUGCGUGCCAAGCGAUCCGCCCUUAUGUUUACCGCCCUAGGUACAUGAACGAUAUCUGAGUUGGUGAAGCUUCUUCUCAAAAGCUUAAUGUCUUCCAGGUAACUUUCAAAUGCUGGUUAUUCCUCCGGUUCCAAACUGUCUUAAAUUUUUCAUGCAUUAUAUUGCCCAAAUUAAAGCUUUCGUCUCCGCAUGAAGGAGUGAGAGACUUGCCCUUACAUUCCUUGUUCCUAACAAUCCCUCAAAUCCCGGUAGUGUGCUGAACCAGCUUUGCCCGGAAUAUAAAUCCUUAUCUUUCCAAAAACUGUCUGUAAAGUAUCAUCUUCCUAUAGUUCAUGUAUUAGUUCUAGUCUGGAUUACUUGUACCCCAUGGGGUUACGCUGAACCAUCCCUGCCCGGAAUAUAAAUACUUAUCUUUCCAAGAACUGUCUGUAAAGCACCAUCUUCCUAUAGUUCAUGUAUUAGUUUUGGUCUGGAUUACUUGUACCCCCCUGGGGUUAUUGGGCACAUGUGCCUCAACCCAAAGUGUUGAUUCCAAUUCUGCUAAGUUAUCUUUCAGAUCAAUGUCAAUGUUGCUGAAAACUUUAAUAUUCACAUCCUUCCAGAUGUAUUAUAGUAUCCAUGCGAAUUGAUGGUCCUCCAUUUGUGGGUUAACUUUCCAGAACAAAUGAUCCAUAUUAGCAAACAGAGAGCCAGUAGGAAAAAAAUUUGGAUUCAAUGGAAUCUUAAAUAGUGCCCACACUUGACGUGUCGGAGGGCAUUCAAAGAAAACAUGAUUGAUUGGUUCCUCCGGAUCACCACACCUUGCACAACAUGUAUCUUCUUGUAUUUCUCUCGCUUUUAGAUUCUUUGUUACCGCUACACAACUUGUGACUAACUGCCAUAAAAAUGCUUUAACUUCGAAGGACACUUCACUUUUCAACAGAAAGCUUUGAGACUAUUUUCAUUGGGUCCAUAAAAAAACUAGUAGUUUUUUCUUGUCAGGAUAUAUCAUUUCUACUUGAUACUCUGAUUGUACUGUAUAUUUUCUAUUAUUUGUAAAGUGCCAUCCAUUCUGAUCUUCCAUCUAAGUUCUAUUCAAAGUAAUACUUUCAAUCAUCUUCGCAUCCUGUGGUUCCACCAAAAUCCUAAUUACUUGUAGAUUCUAUGUAUGAAAUUCAUGAUUAAUAAAAGAAUCUACUCUAAGAUUCGGAUAACUGUUAUAAAGGUUUUUGUUAGCUUUUAUCUAGUUUUUAUUGAGGUUGGUAUAUAAGAAAGCGAUAUAGAACAUAGCCUUUAAAAAUCGGUAACGAGUUGUUAAUAUAUUUUUAAUUUGAUAUGCCUCGUAAUAGCACAGUUUUUUAACAUGAACUGUAGUUUUAAGUUUGUUCAUUUUUAUCGGGUUUAAAUCUGCAAGGUCGUUAAAAUUUUUGAAUUGAAAUACUCUUAGUUGUUUUUUUAUGUUUUAUAGUCAAAAUAUAAUCUGAAAAUAUUUAAUCUCUAAUAAUAAAAUAUUUCUUUUGUAUGUUGACUUAAUAAAUUUGGCGAAAUACCUUAAAUAUUUUUAUCUUUACUUUUUUUGUUUAUCAUUUCUUUGUACCUUAUCCUAUCACAGCUAUUAUAAGACGUACUUUAUAUUUUUGUUAUCUAUUUAAUAAGUUUACAAAAUGGGCUAUUUAACAUUUGUCUGAAACCAUUUUUUUUAUUAAAACAUGUUAUUUUUCUUUAACUUCCUUUUUAUUGUCUUUUCAUAAAAAAAUUAUGUUUUAUUGGUUAUUUUAUUUCGAUUUAGUUAUUCAGAACAAUUUCAAGUUUGAAUAAUACAAUAGUGUUUCGUUGUUAAAAAAUUCAUUUUAUUUUCGUAAAUAUGUGAACAUAGUUUAAUAUAUCCGCAAAAGUUAACCAACGAAGGCAAAAGAAACCCAAUUUGGACUUUUGAGUGGAUCAUUUAUCCCUGAUCGUAUAUUUCAGCUAACACCCCUUAAAAAGGGGCAAUGCCAAGAAAACUUUUCAUAAAACUAAGCAUUGUUGUCGCCAUUUGUUUUAUUUCUCUUUCAUUUAAUUUGAGCUUUUUGAAACACAUGCAACUUGACGAACAAAAAUGCAUGCAAGUUAUGAAACAGACGUGUGUCGUUUAACACAUAAUAUGUGUCCGUUAGUGGACGGACCUCCAUUUGCAAGAAAAAUGAUGUUCUUUUUUUGUUUCCUUCCGUAAAACGUACUAUUGUUGUAGAUGAUUGUGUUUCCUUUGUGAAGUGUAGAUCCGGUGGGCGAUUGGGUUUCUUUGAAGCUGGCUCUUGUAGCAGCCGUUUCAUCGUUGAUCUCCGCUAUCGGCGGAGUUCUGAUGCGCCGCCUCCUUGCUUCCGGUGGACGACAGCGGACCUUCAUCUUGAUACGUGUUCAUGCAUCGCCGGGCGAACGUACACGCGGUGGGUGACGUGUCCCUCUCUCCUCGACGGUUUACUCUAUGGGCCGGCGGCCCAUAGCUGUUUUUCUUUGGCUCGUCCGUUUGGUCGGGCUUUUUUCUUUGUUGCGUUGGCCCGUUUGCUGUUUGGGCUUUUUUGUAAAGUUGUUGGGCUCAGUCUUUUGGGCUUUGACCCACUUAAUAAAUCUCAGAUGGAAAAAAAAAAAAAAACGUACUAUUGUUGUAAAGGCUUGACGCAUUUGAACUACCCAACGAAUACUAGUGUGAAUAACAUGGUUGGAACUUGGAAAAGAAAACUAUAAAUUUCUCUUUUGUCUACAUUUUUAACCUCAUGGAGGGAGGUGGGUGAACACAUUUAGAUAUGACCAGGUACCACAAAGCGGCAACCACAUCACAACAAGGCUCCUGUUAAAACAAACAAAAAAUCUAGACCAAAUUAAUUUGCGAUUUUUUUGUAUUUUACAAGUUUAUAAAUUUUGGUGAAACUCCAACUGUUAAUUUAUUUAUUGCCUACGUAUUGGAUUGUAACUUUAAAUGGUCUUCCGAGCGUAUGUAUAUGUUUUCUCACUUUCCCAUGUGUGUAUUUAACUACUUUGAAAUAUACAUGCAUUACAAAAUAGCGUUGGUAAGUCAUCUACUCAUCUAGAUCCACUGAAUUUAAUUGGGGUGCUAUAUAUAUAUAUAUUUAUUUAUUUAUUUAUAUAUAUAUUUUUAUUUAUUUUUAUUUUUAUUUUUAUAUCUAAGUAAUAUUUAUUAAAUAACGUGUUCUUUAGAACAAAAUGUUGUGCUAUUAUAUAUUUUUUAAAUUAGAAUACUAUAUUGAUUUUAAAAAUAGAGCAUUUUUAUUUUAUCUUUCCUGCAAACCAAUAAAUCAGAAAUAUUCCAUUAUCAUUUAUAUGCGAUUACCUAAACAUAUCAAAAACUAUAUAUACUUUAAAAGUAAAAAUAAAACCCUUCAAUAUUUUAUAUAUAGAGAACGAUACUUAUCUUUUUUUUUUUAACACUAAACGAUAGUUAUCUAUAUCUCACUAAGACUAUCUCCAAUAGCACAUAAAAAUUAUAUAUAUAUAUAUUUUUUACUCUAAAAUAAAAUAAUUAUAUUAUAGAAUUAGAUUUGUUCUAAUAGUUUUCACUCUAUAAUAUAAUAAAAUAUAAACUAAGUUGUUUUUUACUUUAUAUUUGAAGUAAAAACAAUAUUACUCUAUAUUUCACUCUAUUAUAAAGUAACUCUAUUAUAGUGUGAACUAUUGGAGUAAAUUCAGUUCUAUAAUAAAGUUAUUCUGUUUUAAAGUGAAAUAUAUAGAUAAUGUCUGUGGAAAUGUCAUAAAACAUCCAUCGAUACGAAUGCGGUUUAAAUUCUUCCGUCGGAUAUGUCGUCAAGCCAUAAAAUAAAUAAUCUAGGGUUAGUAGAAAACUACAACAAAAGUGGACUAAUCGGAAUUGCUAUCCAAAGGUACCAAACUAUCACAUAGUGACAAACAUUGUGGUCUACCAAGUUGUCCAGAUUAUGGUUUGUAUGUAAGCGCUUUUCUUGUUCAAUGAAUAAAACGUAUUCUAUAGAAGUGGCAGUCUCUGGACCGUCUUUCGUUUUUUCUUUAUAAUAAUAACAGAUAAAAGACACGACAGGAUAUGUAAAUCAAUAUAUAUCACAUAAGCAUAGGCUACGUAUAUAAUAGUACUUUAUAAUAUGUAUAUAAUAUACUUUUGCCCACCUCAACUGAUGAGUUAGUAGUCGAACACUUCAAGUGGAAUCAUAGUCAUGGAAAAGGAUACUACUCGGCCCAUUCUAUCCGGCGACUGUGACUCCAGCGAUACCAAGCGGGUAAGAAUGGCUGAUCCGGGAUCUACCGUUGACAGAGAGCGCAGGCCUGUGAAACUACAAAAACUCGAAGAGAACGGAGAUGUAGGGUCGACAUCAGGCGCAACAAAGGUCCCUGUCGAUUCACAAAUGGCUGACGUGACAAUUAACGAUCUAGACAGAAAAACAAACGCCGGCCACGGAGUAGUCUCGGUCAUGGGACGGCAGAGAGCUAUGACAACCGCCGUUUCCACCGUCGUUAAUGAGAUCCCGUCUUAUGAUAUUUUCGGAAUUUUCGACGGUCUUAGACUAGCUAAAUUCUUUGAGGAGAGGCUGCGUCGGCUCGUGAAGGAAGAGGUAGCGUCAUGCCAUAGUCGUGGAGUGGCGGCAGACUGGAAUAAGGUGAUGAGCUCAUGUUUUUCGGAAGCGGUGGGGACGGUGAGGUCUGCGGCUGCCAAAGCUGUGGUUACGAUUGUAGGAAAAGAGGAGGUGAUUUCGCUUUGUCGUGGCGGCGCAAGGGCGGUUCUUUACUCUAACGGCGGAAUCGCUUUACCUCUUUGCCAUAUCCAUAUUCACCAGAGUGGUGUGGACCAGCAACUGAAGAUCCAUAAGCGAACAAUGAUAGAUGAUUUCAUAGUACUUGCAUGCGAAGGUCUAUGGAAUGUCGUCUCCGACGACGACACAUAUCAGCUUGUCAAACGUUGUCUCUACGAUAAAUCUCCAGCGGGAGGUACGAGGGAAUCGAGUUCCACAAAGGCUGCCGUAAUUUUAGCAGAGCUUGCAAUUGCUAGAGGAAGCAAAGAAAAUAUAAAUGUCAUCGUUAUUGAUCUCAAGAGUUCUACUGUUUAUUAGCCUUGCUUUAUUUUCUAGUUGUGAUGAUUCUCAAUUAUUAUUAGUUUUAUUUCCCUUUUUUAUAUAGUAAGCAUUUUUUUUCCUUUUUUUUUUUCGUAACAUCAUUUUUUUCCUUCUUCUCAUCUGUUUUUUGGGCUAUAAUUUUCCAUCUUACAUCCUUUUUUAGAUUUUCCUUUUCUUUGUGUUUGUUUCCUUUGGUUUUUAGAUCUUCGUGUUUUGUUCGAGUAGUUUGUUCUUUGAUUUUUAUUUUUAUUUGAUAUAUAUAUAUAUAAUUUACUUGGGAGUUUGCUUUUCUCACACACCCCUGGUUUUUAUCAAAACAAGUUGGUAAAUUAAUGUAUCUCAUACAAAGCUGUAAUGAAUUAUUGAAUACAGCAUAUUGUUAUAUAAGAAAGCAACUAAAAUAGUUGAUGUUAGUGGAAGUACUGUGGGUGAUGGGUGUAGGGUGUUUGUAGCUUAAUUUUUGGGUUGGACUGGUUGAUGAUACCAUGUCGCAAUGUCUGUCUCUUGUACUAUUUACCAAAUGGUUUAUAUAUAUAACCUUUUUGAGGAAAAAAAAAAAGUAGAAGUACUGUGGUGGCUCUGGUGGGCAAAAGACUUUGGUCCAUCGAAUUUUUAAUUCUACCGUGAAACUGGACCGGAGCAACUUGAUUCAACGUGUUUUACAAUGCUUCGCAGAGACCACAAACAAAAUCAACCGGCAGCAUAGGACCGGAUAAACACGUGCAUGGUGGAGGAAGAGUCCGAAAGUAAAGCUCACAAAAUGGUGUCAAACAACAAAUUAUUGUAUUGAUUUAGAGAACAUAAACGAGCUGACGGACCAAACAACAAAUUAAAGUCUUAAGAAAAACAUGAAAAAUGUGGCAGUAAAUGCAAAGGGAUUUGAGAAUUUCGUAUUAAUAGUCAAUAAUAAACAAAUUCAGAAAUCACAAAAAUUUGAAGAGAUCGUCUAAACGAGAUCGUCUAAAUAAAUUCUUUUAAUAAAUUUUCUGGUCAUACGAACACGUCUAAGACAUGAGAAGUCGUCUUGGAUUUUUGGUGGUGGUUGUUUUUCUGGCUGUCGAAAGCGAGCUCGUCUGGAGCAAAGAGGUUGUCUUAGACUUCUGUGGUCUCUGUCUUUUUCUGACAGACGAACUCGUCCAGUGGGAGAGAUCGUCCAAAACUUCUGUUGUGAUUAAAGAGGCGAUGUUUUCUUUAUAUAUUUUUGACUGUUCAUUAAUGAUUCUGACGCCUCCUAUUCAUAGUAAAAAUACUGAAUGUUUUCUUGUGCAAUCGUCGACUUGCUUAAUGGACCGAGCCUGAUUUUGGACCUAGCAUUUAAUGUGCUCUUGUGAUAGGUUCAUCUCCAACAAAAAAAA